AUGGAUUCCUUGUCACUAGAUGCGCUCUCAUCUCGGUCCCGACUCUGCAUCGAGCGGCUGCGAGAACACAAAGUCGAAGAAGUCGACUUGUACGUCCGCACUGUCGUGCCCACUCCCGGCAAGUCUAACAAAACACGAUUCUGCAGGACUGGUCACUCUCGUCUGGCUGCCGUUCUUGUUCUCUUGUAUGAGAAAUCAGACGAGUUGCGCGUGCUGCUCACAACGCGUGCGAAGACACUACGGGCUCAUCCAGGGGAGACGGCACUCCCAGGCGGCAAGGUCGACGAGUCCGACGUCGAUACCAUUGCCACUGCGCGUCGUGAGGCAAGUGAAGAAGUGGGGUUACCACUACGUCACUCUGCAAUUCAUACAAUGUGCAUUUUGCGUCCCUUCCUCUCCAACCGGAAGGUCGUCGUGAGACCUGUCGUUGCGCUGUUGACAGAUCUGUCCGUGCUCGAACAACUCAAAGCGAACGAGGACGAAGUGGCAUGGAUCUUUGAUCAUCCCCUGGAAGCGCUUCUUGACCCGAGCAUCGCAAGCAAGGGGCCCCUUGCAGAGAAGGGCUCGGAGCAUUGGCCAUACGAGGAGGAACUGCAUAACACAGACGACCGGGUCCUCGCUUUCCUGGGUGGCGCAACUUACCGCAUGCACCGCUUCCGCAGUUCGACGUCGCCAGUGAAGGGCCUGACGGCUGAGAUAUUGAUGACAGUGGCUGAGGUCGCAUACGACAAGAAGCCUGUAUUUGAGCGCUAUGCUCCAAGGCAGAUGUCUACAUUUGAGGGAAUCCUCAAUGCGUUGGAGACCGUUGAAAGUACCAAGAUUGCGGCAUCGGAAACUUCAACGCCUAUUGGCGUUGCUCCUCGCGUAGUGCAUCCCACACCGUAA